AUGUUUGCCAAAAUAUUACUACAUCAGAUAAUUACAUUAUUCAUUUAUCUAGGUAACCAGAUUUCCAGCCCUAAAAUGAAAAUUUAAAAUUUUCAGCAUUGUCGCCGAUGUUUUGCGCAAAAAAGCGACGCGGAAGCGGAAAUUCGGCGCAAAGUGAAAGUCGAACUGAUGUGACUUCGAGUGAAGUUACUACAACUACAAAUACCUGUCAAUCACCGUUGAAUUUGGGAAAUUUGGAAAUGAAACGAGGAAAAGAGCAGAAACGCGAGAAAAUGCAGAAAUCCAGGCAGCCAAAGUCGAAAAAACCGGCUGAAAAAUCGCUGAAAAAAUCCGAGAAGCCGAUGAAUUUCUCGAAAAACCCGAAUCAGAGAUUGGGUUAUUCGAGAAGUUUGAUUGCUAUGCAAGAGGCUCAAUUAUCAGCGAUUUUUGAGAAGGGAAGCGAUUCUGGAAGGCAAAUUAAAGAUCGAACUGUGGAACCUGAGAUGAUGACGUUGGAAAAAACUCAAACUGAUGCCGCGAAUCGAGAUGGACCGAUUUAG